AUGAAUGCAGAUCACAAGAUUCCCUUAAUGGAGUAGGAAAUGGCAGCUUUGGAUGGAAACGAAUAGAAACUCUCCAAUCCACACGAUAGUUUGGUCAAGGGAUCGAUCAAUCAAACCAAAUUGUCCAUAAAAAAUGCAUUCUCCAGAAUCAGCCAUCUGUCUGUUCAUAAUGUUAAUACAGCCCUCUUCUUCAUCAGAGAGAACUGGAAGAGCGGCAUGACCUAGGCAAUGAUGAAUAUGCCAUUCAUUUUGAAUGCGGGCAACAACACUGGAGGCAAUCCCUCCGCUGCCUACACCUCCGCAUUGAUUGGAGGACUGAUCAACGGGUUCUUUAGCGGAAGUAUCAUAAUCAUCCUUAUUCCCAAAGGCAAUCAUUCGAUCUAUGCACCUACCUGGGUGGCCGCCGGAUUCAAUUAUUAAAUAGUAUAAAAAUAUGGAUAUGAAGCAGUUCCCUGGGUAACCAUAAUGAUUGGAUUGCAAAUCUACAUCCUGAGUCAUAUGAAGUGGCAUCAUCUCAUAGAUUUCAUGCCGAAUUACGUAAUCGAAGGCUACUAUCUGGGAUUGCUCUUUCUAAUUGCAAAUGGCUACAUCGAUUAUGCCUUUGGCUUAAGUGAUAUGCAUUCCAACAGAGGAUUCCAAGUGUAUCAUGAUCGAUUUGAAAUGUAUCAAGGUAAAUUACACCACAUAAACGUAGAAUUCUUUAGAAGAGGAGAUCUAUAUUAUUUCGGAGCAUCGAUCUUCAUAUUCCUUCUACUCUACUUCGGUUGGAAGAUCAACAAGGACUUGCCUUUGAUAGUAUUAGUAUGUUUAACUGGUCUGAUGGUGGGCAUACUCUUCCCAACAGAAAAGUGUUUAAAGAACGUUUACGGAGAUGUGAGUCUGAGAUUGUCCUUCAUUGAAAGUGGCGGUCCUCAUUUCUAGCCAGACAUGUGGACACUCAUAUUCCUGUUUGUGUAUGCCAUUAAAAUGACAUUCUACAUCACCAUCCAGAAUUUGUUGUGUGCAAAAGGGGCUGAAUACUUCACGGGAGUCAAAUGCGAUCACGACAAAGAGAUUCUAUGUGUGUCUCUAACCAACAUCUGUGCAGGCAUCUUCAAUAGUAUCCCUUGUUGUGCAUCAAUCAGAUUGAUCAUCCUGAACAUCAGAGUCAGGAAUAUGAACAGGUGGUCAUCUAUUCUGAAUGGACUCUCUGUCAUUCUGUUCUAUGGACUAUUCAGUAGAUACUUUCUCUAAAUUCCACUGUAUUUCGUGAGUGGCAUCUUAUUGUAUUCAGCCUACAUGUGUCCCACUUGGCCCUAUUUGGAAAUGCUCUGGAGAACCAAAAGAAGAUUAAUUCUAGUUAAACAAAUUACAAUAUCGAUCAUUUGUGUAUAUUAUGGAGCUAUUGAAAGCACUAUGAUAGGAAGCAUGUAUGCUAUGUUGUAGUUUGCUGAAAAAAUGAGUGCAGCCGCUUCUGAAGUCAUCGUCAGCUCUGAUGAAGUGCAAGUAUGUAUUCCAAUUCUAUUUAUCAAGAAAAACUCAUUGAUUAAACGCAGCUGUGUCAGGCAACAGGAUGGAACAGAUAUGCAAUUGAGAGAUGACACCUUAGGCGUUGAAGAUGAUUUCCCUGACACCAAUUAAUUCAGAGGAUCUUUUGCUAUCUAUCGUUUCAAUGGAGCCAUCAAUUACAUCAAUGUCAAAGUAUGUUGUCAUUGUCAUUAUUAUUAUUAGAAUCACAUUGCAUAAAUCAAAUAACUGCCAGAAAGAGAUUAUAUUGUGCUUAGUUUUCGAUAUGUUAGUGUUUUUGAUGAUGAGGCAAUCGAUAAAUUAAGUUUGAUGAUCUAAGCACUUAUCAGUAUUCAUUCAUCAUAACUUAUAGGUUCAUAAAGAGAAGUGCUGUUGACAGGAUUGAAUGAAGGUAUGAUUGAUGAAAUGAGAUACAAUGAAUACAUGAAUAAUUUCUAUAAAAAACAUAGACAACAUUUUAAACUAUUGGGUUAAUGA